AUGCAUCAUCAGCAGACGGUAGUAAAGAAUGAUGGUGAUGGAGCCCACCAAGAAACAGAUUCCAAAGUUGAUGGUGAGAAGAAUAACGAUGAUGUUUCUGCAACCUUGAGUUGCAUGCACGCCAGUCUAGCAAAGGUUCUAGAUUGGCUAAACAAGUUCUCUGAAACUUCUCUGAAAAUGUACGAGGAUAUUCGGCAAAAGAGUGAAGCUGCGCGAGUUGCAUACUCGACUUGCAGAGCGGUUAGAUUCUGA